CAGAUAUUGUGGCAGGCAAUAGCCCGAGGGUGCUGGCUGACACGGAAGACCCGGCAGAAAGGGAGCGAGCUGAGCUGAUCAUAGCCGCGGAGUGCGAAGCGCUAGGUAGGCAAUCGAUCGUGAUAAACGGCAGGCAGGAUGACACCGUGCAAGGCGAAAGCUCGGGCAUACGUCUGACAGACUUAUUCAAUAGUCUGGCGAACAAGAUCUUCUUCAAAAUAGCGAUCCAAAUGUGGAAGCUGGCAGGUUACGAUUUGAGCCAUCGCAUGCUGAAGGAGGUGCGCAUCGGAGACGAUGCGGGGCUGUGCUCGUCCAAUCCACUAGUGGGCCCGAUGAUCGUGCAUGGUCUGAAAGCGCGCAGGUGCUACAUGAAUGGUUUCAAGCAGUUGCUUUCAGUGACGCAGCUGGAGCUGCUCAGGCGCUUGGUGUCUAAGAACGAGGUGUGCGGAUUUCUGUUCAGAGCGGUUGGCAACUAUGUGGCGCCACCGGUGCAGCGCGAGACCCUUUAUUUCUUCAAUCUGCAGCAUUCGGAAUUGGAGCGCGCUGCAGAGAUGGGCAGACGCGGGGCUUACCCGAUUGGCUUGAGGGCAUUGCAGGGGCACGUGCUGGCCAGAGACAAGCCUGGCUGCCAGAGAAGGAAGGGCACGAUGGAGCUUGCGCGCUGCUCAGCAAGGCAGUUCCAGGUGAGCUGCGUGCUAGGCGGCGAGGGCGGCCUCAUUGGCUAUUGCGGCGAGUUGCCUCAGCAUUCAGCGCAGUGCGUGCCCCUGCCGAGGGUGGCUACGCAUGUGAAGACUUACUUUCACUGGAUGCCACGCCAUGCGGCGAGUGAUGCUGCCGGCACGUUGCCGCCGAGCAUGAGACAGCGCUUGGAGGAUUCGGGCGUUCGGGUAGAGCGCUUGGCUGACGACGCCUACAAGGCAGCGCAGCAAUCUAGCUGGCCGGCAGGCAGCGUGCAGCGGUACAUCGAUCUGAGCUACAAGGAGAAGAAGACACAGUUCGAGAGGGCUGGCGUGGGCUUGAGCGCUAAGGCGCGUGUCGGCGAGGCGGAUUUUGAUCAACCAUUGCCGGGCUGCGUGCACGACGCUCUGGUGUUACCUGUCAUCGCAAAAGAGGAGUGGCAUGCUGUAGCCAUGCGGGACAGGCGAUACACGCUGCCUCGCGUACUGGCCGAGGAUCAAGACCGUGCCAGGGCGAAGGUCGAGAAGAUGCGCGCGGCUGGCCUGGCCGACCUGCAUGCUAGGCGCAGGGGCCACGUGGAGGGUGCUAUGUUGCACUACGAGCAGCUGCUGCUGGGCGAGCCCAGAGACAUACAGAUGGGAAGUGCGCUGGUGGCCUUGAUCGGUAGCAUGGCGACCAGGGGCCCACUGGUGAACGCGCGCGCGGCGUCGCGUGCUCUGAAGAUGUUGGUAGACUUGCUGUCAAGGGCGCAUGUGGACUCGCUCGGGCUGAUAACGUUCUUCGAGCAGUGCAGGUUGGACGGAGGCUAUGCGCGUGAGCUGGGGCCUGGCUUGCACAGCUCCAUAACGCAGAUGUUGCUGGGCAAUGCUCUGAUGGAGAUGGCCGGCAGCGAUAGGUGGUGCCAGCUGGCCGACGUCGGGCUGGCUGAGCGGGUCAACGCGUUCCAGUGCAGGAUUGCG